AUGUCGAACCACUACGUUUGCUUGGGAGUUGGCCAGUCGGCCUCAAUAGAAGAAAUCAAGAAGGCAUAUAGAAAACUGGCAUUGAAACAUCAUCCUGAUAAGAGUAAAGCUCCAGAUAGUGUGGAUAAAUUUAAAAAACUAGUUGACGCUUAUGACGUUUUAUCAGAUCCAGUAAAGAAGCAAGAAUAUGACAAGACUUUGGUGUCUUUGACAAGAGUCUCUUCAUCUCAUAGGCAAGGACCUCCACCCCCAGGAGCUGCAUACUACAAUGGUUAUCCAUCCUUCACUUCACACUUUAGCGGUGGUGCAAGGACUAGACAAACUCACUUCAAGCCGUCAAAUAACUCUGAUACACGUCCAAAUAGUUCAGGUUCCUAUAAUUAUGGCGCGAGAAACAGGCAAUUCUAUUAUCAAGAAGAGGAUGACUUUGAUUUUCUUUAUAAAAGAAAUCAAACUAAACAUGAUUCAUUUUCCAAUACCAAAAGUUAUUUCGGCACCAAUACUAGACAACAACAGCAGCAUCAAAACCAAAGAGCUCCUAAUAAUGGGAGAUUUGGCUCACAUUUCCAUAGGGCGAAUGUGAAUGAGACCACACAACCACCACCUUCUACUACCAAUCCGGCCACAGGUGCACAUUCAAACCCAUCAUCACAAUACAACUAUUCUUUCAACAACUCUGGUGAAGGUCCAUAUACCACAAACAAAAAUGUAAGGUUCAGGCAACCCCCUAAUGCCAGCUCCAAUUAUAAUCCUUCAGAUGGCACCUAUGUUGAACCAGGGUAUCAAAGGCAAUCUUCUGUUCCACCUCAUCAAGUUCCACCCUCGAACAAUUAUAGGCAUUCACCACAAUACCCAUAUCAAGCUCAGUCUUCAAACAGUUAUUCUUUCACACAUGGCUCAACAUCAAUGCCCUCUGUUUCAACUGAUCCCUUACCAAAAUCAUGGCAAAAACAACGGACAAAUUUCAAGAAUCCACCUACCCAACAACCACCAUCAAAUGACUCAACAAACCAGCCAGCUGCCUCUUCAACUUCAAAUUUGAAUAAAGGGCCAUCACCUCCUAGUUCAAGUUCCAAUAAUAACAUACCAGUUCCUCCUAAUGCAAAUAACAUUGGGGUUCCAAGACGGCCAAAAACUCCUCCAUCAAACAAUAGACCACUUCAUCCAACUGCUGAGGGACCACCUGUUGAUCCAAAUGCUAAGUCAGAUUUUGUAAACUCACCAGCUCCAGGCCUAAAGUUUGAUAUGUCAAAUUUUAAAAAUGAUUUGAAUAAAUCAACACCUCAAAAUAUAAGGACACAAAAGAGAACCUUGAAUAAAAAAGGAAGACGUGGAAUUCCCGCUUUAUACAAUUCAAAAUCACCAUCCAGUGUUGCAUCAUCAAGCCAAAAAUUCUCAAACACAUCUGGACGUCCAUCAAGAACCACAUUAGAAGAAUCAAACCAUGUUGAAUUUGUUAUUGACUCUAAUGAUGAUAAAAAAUGGGUUGAUGAUCAACCUGAAAGUGAUGAAGAUGAUGAUAUUAUAGAGAUUGAUGAAUUGACAUUUGAGAAGAUAAGAAUUGGCUCAUCAAGUACUGUUAAUGAAAAUGUCAAAAAGCAAAAACCGAAUCCAAAAAAUUCAUCACUUGAUCUGGAUGAAUUGAGCAAAACUACACCAUUAACUCAAACCAAUGGUAACUUUGAUAUGAAUGAUAUGAAGAAAGGGUUAAAAGAGUAUACAGAUGAUACUAAUAACGGUGAACAAUUCAAAAGACAAAAAACUGUUGACGAUUCUCAAAUCUUAAAUUUUGAAAAAUUAGCUGUUCACCAAUAUUUGAGAGAUAUUGAAAUCCCAAAAGAGCCAACAAUUAUCAAUCCUCAAAACAAAGAAGAAUAUGAUGGUUAUAAAGACCAGCUUGAUGUUUUCCUAACAGCCACCCACAGCUUGAAAAAAAAAUUAACACAAUAUUUAUCAGAAAGAUUGGAACAUGAUGAACGUCAUCUCAAGAUCGCCUUUCGCUCAUCAGCCAAUAUGGAUUUAUAUGAAGAAGCGCUAACUACUGAUUCUUAUGUACAAAUGAAACUUUCAGAAACAAGUCAGGCCAUCAUCAAAGUCAUGAAUGAUUACAAAAAGUACAAAACUCUAACUUGGUCAAGGAUAAUGGGAGGUAAAGUAUCCAAGCAAGCAAGGAAGUUACCUUCUUCAAAUAUAACUAAAGCAACAAGCACACAAAGGAAUGUCAAUUCACCAAAUAAGAUACAUUUACAACCACCUGCUAGAUCUAUUGAGGAUAACAAACUUGCAGAAGGCACAUGUAAACCAAGUCAAGAAUCAAAUGUGGGAAGAUUUCAUAGAGAUCCCGGUGUAAACAAAAAUGUUGAUCGGAUUGGACAAGUUAAGAUAGAAGAAAUCCCAUUGAAGUUGGAUCAAAACAAUCCAGCAUUAACCACUUUAAGAAAUAAAUCUAAAAGAGAGGCCGAGCUAGAGAAAGGUUCCAAAGACAACGAAACAAAGAAAACAGUUCAUCCAAGUGUUCUAUGUGGGAUAAUUGAAGAUUUACAUUCAACACCACUAGAAAAGUUGAAACAAAAUUAUAACAUUGAUGAUGACUUCUUGAAUGAUUUAGGAAAUGAACUGAAGAUUGCAUCAACAAGAAUCAAACUAAAGGACUCCAAACAGAAAGAAGUUGAAGGGGAAUUAGAUGAGAAUAGGAUUAAUGGUAUUGGUAAUUCAACGCAAAGUACUGAUGUUGAAAGCCAUUUAGAGGAGUUAAUGAGCCCGAAGAAAUGA